UGCUGUCCUGUCUCUUGAAUUGUUCAUAGAGGAAGAACUCAAUGCAAUUUACAUUUUGGACGUUUUCGGGAGGGAAAUUAAAUGAGCUCUUUUCCUUUUUUUUAUUCAUUAGUUUUUUUUUUCCGCUAAAAUACAAAAGAGAGGUUUUUAAUUUCUCAUAUCUCCGAUUUUAGUGAAGUCUCUCUUUCGGCCGCUUCAAUUUUAAUAAAGUCAUCAACUUUUUUUUGUGAUUCAGAUUAAAUCUUUGAUGGGGUUUGCUAGAUUUUUUGUUUUCUUCAGCAAAAACCGAUUAGGAUUAACAAUAUCUCGAUGCGGUUGUUCAUGUUGAGCAGUGUGUGCGACGCCGCCUCCUCCUUCAGUUUCAGAGUAGGAAGCAAAAGGGUUUUGAAUUUCUCAAUUCUUAUGUUGAGAGCAGUGUGAAGCAAUCGGCGAGAAAAUAAGAAACAAAACGAGACAGAGGAAGGUUUUUUUUUGUCUUUGGCAUCUAUGUUUGGGGGUGUCUUGUCUGUGCCUGUGAAUAAUCCUCACUUGCGCAAAUCUGCUAGUAGACACAUCGUCACUAAUCUUGGAGAUAAUGACUUGAAGAAUGCAAGUUUGUUUCUAAGUGCAUUUGCGAAACUCCGAACUCCUGUCUUCCUUCAAAGUCUCAAAGUUGCUCUGUAUAUUGGUGGUCUUUAUGUUUGUGGAAAGAUUGGAUGGGAAUCUGUAAUGAAAAUGGGAAUAGAAUCGCGAGAACUCUUCUUCUAUGAGACAUUUCUGUAUUAUAACCCUCUCCUUCUCAUUACACUGAUGGUCUGGCUCUGGGGUGUUAAUUUGUGGGUCUUUUCUCGUUCUGGAGUCGAUUAUGCAGCAAUCUUUUUCCUAGGACCAGAUCAUCUUAGUCACAGAGAGAUAUGGAAGUGUGCCAGGUGGAUGACAAUAGCUACAUUGACUAGCAUGACUGCAUAUCUGUAUCUAUACUCACACGGAGACGUAAAGUUGGCUGCAUCUCAACCAGUGUAGUUUUGUAUUUCUCAGCUGUGAUCAUUUUGAUAAUCCCUUUCGAUAUCUUCUACAUGUCGUCUCGCUACUACUUGCUUUGGACAUUUUCGCGAAUACUCUUCCCGGUGCAGGCAGUGACUUUCUCGGACUUCUUCCUAGCUGAUAUCUUGACUUCUCUGUCAAAGGUUUUAUCGGACUUAGAACGUUCAGUAUGUCGCAUGGUCCAUCGACAGGUUGCUACUAUUGCAUGGUUUGAAGCCGAUUCGGUUUGUGGGAGUCAUUCCACUGCAAUUCCCUUGGUUCUCGUUCUACCUUAUCUUUUCCGGCUGUUCCAAUGCAUUCGUCAGUACAGAGAUAG